AUGAGUUCCAGCAAGGAUCCACAAUCCGGCGUUCCCGCCCACAGCAAAGGUUCCUGGACAAGUUUCCUUAAGUCUAUCGCCUCCUUCAAUGGAGAUCUUUCCUCCUUGACCGCCCCGCCCUUUAUCCUUUCCUCCACCUCCUUGACCGAAUAUUCCGCCUACUGGGCAGAACACCCGGCUCUGUUCGUGGCCGCUGCGAGAGAGGCUGAUCCAGAGAAGAGAGCUUUGGCUGUUCUCAAAUGGUUCCUCAGCACCCUCCACCAGCAGUACUGCAGUCGCAGUGAAAAGCUCGGCAGUGAGAAGAAGCCCUUGAACCCUUUCUUGGGAGAGCUGUUCCUCGGAAAGUGGGACUCUGAUGCGGAUGUGGGCGAGACUACUUUGAUUAGUGAACAAGUCAGCCACCAUCCCCCGGCCACUGCUUAUGCCAUCCGGAACGAGAAGCACGGCGUUGAGCUCCAAGGAUACAAUGCCCAGAAGGCGUCCUUUUCCAGCACCAUCCAGAUCAAGCAGAUCGGACAUGCUCUAUUGACCCUCACCCCGCCCGGUGCGGACAGGAAUGACCCCGCUCAGCAGGAAAGGUACCUGAUCACCCUUCCACACCUCCACAUCGAAUCCUUGAUCUACGGAACGCCCUUUGUCGAACUGGAGAAGUCCACCCGCAUUGCCAGCAGCACUGGCUACGUGGCGAAGAUUGACUACUCCGGCAAGGGCUGGUUAAGCGGCAAGAAGAACACGUUCAGCGCCAUCCUGUAUAAGGAGAACGAGGGCGAGAAGAGACCUUUGUAUACCGUCGAUGGACAGUGGUCGGACUCCUUUGUCAUUAAGGAUUCCCGGAAGCACGAAGUGGACAGAUUCUCAGUUAAGGACACGAAGACGACCCCUUUGACUUUGGCACCCAUCGAAGAGCAGGAUCUGUAUGAGAGCCGGCGGGCAUGGCGGGACGUUGCGGUGGGCAUUGAGCGGGGCGACAUGGACGCCGUGUCCGUGGCCAAGACCAAGAUUGAGAACGCCCAGCGCGAGCUUCGCAAGGUUGAGAAGUCUGAGGGCCGCGAGUGGGACCGACGCUUCUUCAAGCGCGUUAAUGAUAGCGAUGACGAUGGAUUCUGGCAACUCGCAAGGAUGCUCGGCAUCACGUCCUUGGAAAGCGAUAAGACGGGCGGUGUCUGGCGGUUCGACGCGGCCAACGCCGUGGACGCCAAACCCCCUUACCACAAGACCGGGGGUGAGGGCCUUGGGGUUACUGCAUGA